AUGUCUAAACUUACAAAACAACAAGAACAGGAAUUAAAGGAUGCAUUCGAUCUUUUUGAUACUGAUCAUUCUCAAAAAAUCUCUAAAAAUGAAUUAAAAAGAGUUUUAAAUGCAUUACAUAUAAAAGCAAGUGAUCAAGAAUUAUCUCAAUUAAUGUCAAAAAUGGAUACCGAUAAUAGUGGUGAAAUUGAUUUUAAUGAAUUUAAAAAUGUUAUGGCCGGAUCAUUUUUUAAAAAAUAUUCUCAACAAGAAUUAAAGGCAGCAUUUCGAAAAUUUGAUGCUGAUGGAAAUGGUUAUAUAACAACUAAAGAACUUGCAGAUAUUUUAUCACGUAUGGGAAGACAUUUAAGUCGAAAUGAAGUAGAAGCUAUGAUUAAAUCAUUAGAUAAGGAUAAUGAUGGCAGAAUUGGAUUCGAUGAAUUUUGUAAAUUAUUUGAUUAA